CCACGGAGAUUUUUUCUUCUUGGCUCACUGAAAACUGAAAGAUCACAAAUUCUCACAAAAUCGAACACUGAAAUCGAUCUGAUAAAUUAAUUUCUGCACUUAAUCGGCGUCAGCUCGGGAGAAGCUACUGAAAAAAGAGGAUUUUUGGAAGAAAUCGCGGUGGAGACUGUGGAAUUGGUUCCAUUUUCGGGGGAAAUUGUUCAGAGGAACAGAGGAAUGGCCUUGUUAAAUCAGGAAGUGAAUGUGAUAUCCCAGCCCCUUGACUUCAAUAGAAAGAGGAAAUCAAGAAGCCGCAAGGGCGGAACCAAGAGUGUAACAGAGGUUCUUGAGAAGUGGAAGGAAUACAACACCAAGCUCGAUGAUGAUAAACCCGCGCUUAAGGCGCCUGCCAAGGGAUCGAAGAAGGGGUGUAUGAAAGGGAAAGGUGGACCUGAUAAUAGUUUGUGCAAUUACAGAGGGGUUAGGCAGAGGACAUGGGGUAAAUGGGUGGCCGAGAUCCGGGAGCCUCACCGGGGGAGCAGGUUAUGGCUAGGUACCUUUGGCACAGCGGUGGAAGCUGCACAUGCUUACGAUGAGGCGGCCAAGGCAAUGUAUGGACCCUGUGCUCGGCUUAACUUCCCGGGAUAUAGUUCAUCGGCUUCAGGGACGACUGUUUCGUCGUGUGAAUCCACAAACUCUAGCGUGUCCGAGGUCUGUUGCAAUGGGGGUUUGCAGAAGCUUGAAUUACCUAAUGUGAAGACGGACCAAAGUAGACUGAAUGAUGCUAGCACCCCCAUGAGUGCAAUCAAGGAGGAAGUGGUGGAAGUUGCCCCGGGAAGGGAGGAGGACGCGAAGGAGGAGGUUAAGCAAGAAUCCGAGGCUUCUUUCGGUAGUGCGGCUGAUAGACCACCUAAUGCCGAGGAAUUCUCAUUCGACGAGAUGUUUGACGUGGAAGAGCUGCUCUCUUCUCUGGAAAACGGCCCGUACAGCACUUCAGGAUUGUACGGAGGCCAGGCCGGGUAUGGUGCGAAUGGAGGUCAAAUGGACGGUCCUAUACAUCACGAGCAGCAGGCGGGUUCCGGGGGUGAUUACGGUCUCGACUUCCUGAAGCCCGGGAGGCAGGAGGACUAUGAUCUCUUGCUGACUGAUCUAUUGUUAGAUUUGGAUUCGGACUUGGCCAUGUGAAGCGUUUAAGCGGAUGGUCUUGAAAAGUAAAGAUAGAUAUAUACAUUGUGUUCUUUAAAGGCUGGACCUUUGAGUUGUGUGGGUGUUUCCCAGUAUAUUAACAGAAAACUUUUUUGGCCCCAGCUUGCUUCUACCCUCAGCAAGUUUGUGUAUCCAUUUCAUACUAACAAAUUAAUUUUUUUUGUUUUCUUGUUGUGAGGGUUUGGUUGUGAUAACAAUAGGAUGUUUCUCCAAAAGUUUUGAAUGUGAGGGAGAAGCUGCUGAGACUCUUGAGUGAAGUAGGUUUAGAGAUUUUGUUCUGUACAUUCUGUUUGCUAUAGUGAAACUUUAUACUAUUA